UCAGAAAACCUGAUUCUCUACACAGAUGGAAGUGAAUUGCAGAGUGGAGGAGUAGGAGCAGGUGUAGUAAUGAUGCAUGGAGGUAGGAUUGUGGGCAGGUGGAGUGUUGGACUAGGGUUUGGAAAGAAGGUGUAUGAUGGGGAAUUGGUAGGUAUUGCCAGAGCACUCACAGAAGCCAGCAGGUCUAGUCUAUCCUUCAAGCACAUCUGGGUUUUCACAGACAAUCAGGCAGCAAUUACCAACUCCCAGAGACUGUCACCCUACCCAGGACAACAGAUUUCUCAAGAAAUUCAACAACUCAUUCAAGACCUUCCAUCUUCUGACCUGGACUUACAGCUUCAUCUCCAUUGGGUACCAGGUCACACUGGUAUUCAAGGUAAUGAUGAAGCUGACAGACUUGCAAAACAAGCAGCUGAGUAUCCCCAACCUGAUAUAGACAGUUAUCUCUCACUGACCAAAUUGAAGACACAGAUCAAACAGUCUGCCCUUAAAGCAUGGCACCAGUACUGGAUACAGUUACAACCAGCUAAGCAGGGCAGACAUUAUAGGUCCAUCCACUUCCACCUACCUUCUCUGCAUCCUGCACCACACUUCUUUCAACUCCACAGACCACAACUUGCAACUGUUACCCAACUUAGACUUGGGCAUGGCUACUUCAAUUCUUAUCUUAGCAGAUUGGAUGAGAAUGUCAGUGACAGAUGGAGUUGUAGGAAAAGGACACCAGCACCAGAGACACCAGAACACCUGAUCCUAUACUGCAGCAGAUACCAACAGCAU